AUGCCAAGUAAAACCUUACGGUCAAAACGGUCCGGCAAAUCCGUGAAAGUGGUCGGUCCGAAAGAUACAAUCGGUGGUGUGCAAGCGGCGGUCACGGAAGAUCCCGAAGAGUCCAAUCCAGGUCGAACGUGUCAAGUGUGCCGUGGGGAAGAUACGGAUAGUAUGGUGAGGUGUGAUGAUUGCUUGAAAUGGCAUCAUUUUGAAUGUGUUGGUGUUACGCAGGAGAUCGAGAAUUACCCAUGGAGUUGUGCCAAAUGCGAAGCAGCAAAAGGAAUCCAGGAUACAAAUUCAACUGACAGCGUCCCUCUUCACAGAGAUGGUAAUUCUACAAAGCAAUUGUCCGAGCCGACUAUAAAAACGUGUCUUUCAACGACUUCUCCAAAGCAGCAUCUUUUAUAUAACGUCAAAUCAGUUGACACCCUAUUACCAGUUCAAUCAUCCGGAACAGUUAAAUCGAGCUACCAGAGCAAGGAGAACCCAUUUGCAUCCGUAACAUCGUUACAAUGGGUGGUAUCCAAGAACAACCCCCCGGAGAAAAAUGCAUCGAAAGCUCCAUCAGUUGCAUCUAGUCGUUCAUCUCAAGCCUUGGCAAGAUUGCAGCUACAGAAACUGGAAGAUUUUCGAAAUAUCGAGCGACGUGAAGCAGAACAGCAACGAGUAAUUGCAGCGGAAGAAAUAAGAAAGGAAAAGGCAUUCUUGGAACAGAAGUAUCAAUUGCUAGAGAAAGCGAUGAAUGACAACAGUUCAGUUAGCAGUGUUUCGGAAGAUAAGGUAAAGAACUGGUUGGCAAUUCCAAGUGAGCAUGAAUACCCGUCAGAUCCGGAAGUUGAAGAACAAUUCAAUCCGGACAGGCAUUCUAGCAAGAUACAACAAAGAAGUCUACCGAACUCGCGGAUCGACAGCCACCACUCGUCGUUGUCAGAACCGAAUCCUCCGGAACCAUUUCCAGAACCGAGAUCAUUGUCAUCGUAUUCUAUUGACCGGGAGGAUGCAUCGAAUUUGACUUUCAAGCUAGAUCAUGGUUCGAUCCCAAAUGGUUUGACAUCGGUUCUGAUCAUAGGACCCCCACGCAAAGUUUCGAUUGCACGACACCCACGUUCGCAUGUAAACUCGAAAGCUCUAUUACCAGUACCAGGCGUGAAUCCAACUCAGGAGAGUUUCUUCCCUCGAUCUUCUCAACCAUCACCAGCUUUUGUAACACAGACUGCCUUACCGAUACCAGAUCGUCAAUUUCCACGAUUCAAUCCAAACCAUGCUUACUCAGGUAAAAGGGAUCCACAAUCGAUGCCGCAAAGGAAUCAAUUGAAUUCAACCCCUCUGCAGUUCAGUGAUGUCUACGACCAUGAACAAGACGAACUUGAUCCAUUUUCAAUUUCCCGGAAGCAAUUAGUCGCUCGUCAAGCCAUAUCGAAAGACCUGCCACUGUUCUCUGGAAAUCCCGAAGAAUGGCCACUUUUUCUCUCCUCCUUUAACAGUACGACUGCCAUGUGUGGAUUUACUAACGAAGAAAACAUCGUUCGUCUGCAACGAAGUCUAAAAGACCGUGCCUAUGAGGCGGUUAGAUGUAGACUAAUGCAUCCGUCCAAUGUCAACGGAAUUAUGUCUACGCUAAAGAUGUUGUUCGGGCAACCGGAGGUGAUCGUGAAUUCGAUGAUGUCAAAGAUUAACUCCCUUCCUGCGUUGAAAGAGGACAAAUUGGAAACUCUUGUAGAUUUCGCCGUUAGCGUAGAGAACUUUUGUGCGACAGUGGAUGCGUGUGGGCUCGAAGAAUACUUUUACAAUGUAACGUUUCUUCACCAACUCGUCAGCAAGCUGCCGUCAUCAAUAAAGCUUAACUGGGCACAAUACAGACAGUCACUUCCGAUGGUUAAUCUACCAUCCUUCAGCAGUUGGUUGUACUCGCUGGCAGAAGCUGCUAGUGCUGUCACCUUUCCAAGCUUCGGUUCUGAACCCAAAUACGUUCGAAAUGAGUCACGCGCAACCAAGAAAGGGAAUCUGUACCUCAACACACAUUCCGAAGGACACUCUGUAGAAUAUCGUUCAGCAGUGCCAUCGAACGCGAAGAUGGUAUCCGAGAGCUGCCUGGUAUGCAAAGGGAGUUGCAAAUCAAUCGCUAAAUGCAAUCGCUUCUUAGAGUUCUCUCGUGAUUCGCGUUGGGCGACCGUUCGAGAUCUAGGGUUAUGUCGCAGAUGUCUACGCCAACACAAAGGAGUAUGUCAAGCCAAGUUAUGCGGAAGAAAUGGUUGCGAGCUCAAACACCACGAAACACUGCAUAAGGACCAGAAGAGCGUCCCUUCAGAUGCUUCUGCUAGUAACAUGAACAAAACUCCGCCGACUCCGCAUCAUGUUUCACCGGAACAGAAACCUAGUUCAUCGGAGCAUGGAUGUCACAGUCAUCAAGUUACAUCUAGCCAGGUUCUAUUUCGCUACUUACCGAUCGUACUUCAUGGAAAGCAUGGUUCUAUUCAAACGUUCGCCUUGUUGGAUGACGGAUCGGAACUCACACUACUCGACAAUGAACUGGCAGAUGAAUUGCAACUCGAAGGAGAAAUAACGCCAUUGUGCUUACAUUGGACGGGCGGAGAAAAACGCAGUGAAGAUUGCUCAAGGAGCGUCGGGCUGGAAGUUUCAGCGAAACACAAUCGUUCAAAAAAGUACAGUCUACAAGGUGUACGUACCGUAAAGGGGCUACUUCUCCCGCCACAAACACUCAACGUAGACGAACUUGUUUCACUGUAUCCGCAUCUUAAGGGUCUGCCAAUCACUUCAUAUUAUAAAAUUCGACCAAGGAUCAUGAUUGGCAUAAAGGACCAACACCUGAGCUUGGUACAAAAGAGUCGUGAAGGUGCACUACACCAACCAAUAGCUGUUAAAACCCGUCUGGGGUGGACAGUCUGCGGAGGAGGUAACCAAGAAAACACCGCAAACAUGGUGCAUUCAGUUUUCCACGUGUGCGCCCGUGAAUCAUCGACAGACGAGGAGCUACACAAAGCGAUGAAGGAAUACUUUACAUUAGAAAGUUUGGGAGUUCCACAGCCAAAGAAGACUCUCCUCUCAAUGGAAGAAGAGCGAGCUAAGUUCCUGCUUGAAACCCGCACAGUUUUCAAGGGAGACCGAUACGAAACGGGCCUGCUGUGGCGCUACGAGAAUGCUCGUCUACCAGAUAGCUAUCCCACGGCUCUGCGCCGGCUGCAAUACCUUAAAAGACGAAUGGACAAGAAUCCCCAACUCGCCGAAGCUCUCAAUCAGAAGAUUAUCGAUCUCGUUACAAAAGGAUAUGCCAGGAUACUCUCAGAUGUAGAGCUGAAAAAAUCUUUUCCUCGGGUAUGGUAUUUGCCUAUAUUCCCGGUCACAAAUAUAAACAAACCCGGAAAAAUUCGAAUGGUUUGGGAUGCGGCUGCAGCAUCAUACGGCGUCUCACUCAAUUCAUUCUUGUUGAAAGGUCCCGAUCAGCUUAGUGAUCUGUUCAACAUAUUGAUCCAAUUUCGUAAAGGAAGGAUCGCACUCACGGCAGACGUGCGUGAAAUGUUCCUGCAAGUACGCAUGCGAGACGACGACCAACAAUGCCAGCGUUUCCUUUGGUACCACGAGGAUGGGAAAAUCGUUGUGUACGUUCUUCAGGUGAUGACGUUUGGAGCUUGUUGCUCUCCUAGCAGUGCCCAGUUCAUAAAGAACCUGAACGCCGAGCGUUUUAGGGCAGAGUAUCCAGUUGCAGUUGAGGUGAUCCAGAAGCGCCACUACGUCGACGAUAUGCUAGUUAGUGUUUGCACAGAACAGGAGGCGAUUCAGCUCGCACAGCAAGUGAAUCGAGUACAUGCUGAGGGAGGAUUCGAGAUCCGCAAUUGGAUUAGUAACUCUAAACAGGUCGUGCAUGCUUUAGAAGAGAAACAAACGGAAGAAAAGAACCUAGAUCUGUCACCAGAGCUAUCUACAGAAAAAGUGCUUGGUAUGUGGUGGUGUACUGAUUCGGAUACUUUUACCUACAAAGUUGGAUGGAGUCGCUACGGUCGAGCGCUGUUGGAAGGUGAACUUCGUCCAACAAAAAGACAAAUGCUACGCGUUCUCAUGUCCAUAUACGAUCCGCUUGGAUUGAUCGCCCAUUUUCUCAUGUACCUGAAAGUUCUGCUUCAAGAGGUCUGGCGCUCCGGAAUCGACUGGGAUGACCAAAUCGAUGAUGUACUUCUCAAGAAAUGGCACACGUGGCUACGAGUACUUCCACAAGUUGAACGAAUCAGCCUUCCUAGGUGCUAUCUGAGCCGAAUUCCUUCUAGAAAUGAUGAUGUCCAGCUCCACACCUUCGUAGACGCAGGAGAUAACGGAAUCACAGCAGCCUGUUACUUACGUUUCCAAGGCAAAGACGGCGUUGUCGAGUGCAAAUUAGUCGCUGCAAAGACCAGGAUUCACAGGAUGUGCUUUGUUGGAUCAAAUCAGAUCAUCGCCGUUAUUCGCAGUUUGUUUCAUUUCGAGUCAGCGAGAUCCUGGAAACAGAUGAGUGAAUGGAGAUACGUCCCUACGGACUUGAACGUAGCAGACGACGGAACAAAAUGGAAAGGUGUUCCCGAUCUGACAGCUCAAGCAAGAUGGUUCAACAGUCCCAAGUUUCUGUAUCUGACGGAAAAAUGUUGGCCAAAUAUUGUCAAAAGUCCGAAAAUUACGGACCUAGAACUACGCCCGAGUGUGCUGACACACUUCGUCGGAACAGUGCCAGUGGUACAAAUUAAAGACUUCUCUACCUGGAACCGAUUAGUCAAGGUUGUCGCUCUAGUUCACCGGUUUGCAAACAACUGCAAACUAAAGAUGCAGAAAAAGUCAAUCGCAACUGGACCCCUUUCCAAUACCGAAAUAUUGUUCGCUACUUCUUUUGUAAUUCGCCAAGCGCAGCAGGAAUCCUUUCCUGAUGAAAUAGCUCUGCUUAGAGAAACGCGGCUGAAACCGGACCAGUUUUCAAUGCCGAUUCCUAAAACAAGUCCUAUUCACCAAAAAUCACCGUGGUUGGACCAGCACGCGAUACUGAGGAUACGUGGCCGCAUUGCCGCCUGUGAAUAUGCAACCGAAGACGCAAAACACCCAAUUAUACUUCCCCGUGACCACCAUACCACCAGAUUGAUUAUUGCACAUUACCACCAAAAGUACCACCACCAAAAUCACGAGACCGUUAUCAACGAAGUUCGCCAGAAAUAUAGUGUUCCUAGGCUUCGAAUGACCUAUGCCAGAGUGAGGAGACUGUCAGCGCUGUAA